GUCCCUUCCAACCCAAACCACUCCAUGACGCCUCGGUGUGCUGCAACAGCACAGCCUGCCGCCUGCCUCGCCAGGUGGACGAGACCUGGAGGGAAAACGCAGCGGAGUUUCCAAAACCAGAGGGAGAAUUUCCCGGUGACCAACUGAGGCAACUUCCAAGCUUGGAAUGGAGGCAGUGAGCGGGCAAGACCCUCGCCUCCGGGAGGUGGUGUGGUUUGCGGUGCGCUGCAGGGCCCUGACACUUCUGCUGCAGGCUCUGUUCAACCUCCUGCUCCCAGACCACGCUGCAGACGCCUUCUCUCCCCCUCGCCUCUCGGAGCCUGGCCCGUGGGAUGUGCUCCUGGAGCGGCUGCUGGGUGGCCUCUCGCGCUGGGAUGCGGAGCAUUUCCUCUUCAUCGCCGAGCGGGGUUACCUGUACGAGCACAACUGCGCUUUCUUCCCGCUGUACCCCCUGAGCCUGCGCGCCGUGGCCGAGGGAGCCCUGUGGCCCCUGCGGCGGCCACUGCGGCUGCGGAGCCGCCUCCUGCUAUCAGCCGUGCUCCUUAAUUCCCUCUUUUCUGUCCUGGCAGCCGCUGCCCUGUACAAGCUGGGCUGCGUUGUGCUGCGCUGUCACAGGCUGGCUUUCCUCGCUGCUCUUCUCUUCUCCAUCAGCCCUGCCAACGUAUUUAUGGCAGCUGCUUACUCCGAGAGCACGUUCGCCUUCCUGGGAUUCGGUGCCAUGUGGCAACUGGAGAAGGGGCAGAGCUGGCUCAGUGGGCUGCUCUUCUCCCUUGCUUCUGGGGCGCGUGCCAACGGGAUUGUUAAUGCCGGCUUCUUGCUCUACUCCCAUAGUAAAAACUUUGCCUUUCAGCUCCAGGUGGGUUCAGGAUCGCUAAGGAAGUUCUGGAAGCAACUCCUUAGCACGGCAGCUUCAGCAGUUGGGAUGUGUGCUGGGGUUGUGCUGCCGUUUGCUUUGUUUCAGUAUUACGCCUAUGUGAGGUUCUGUGGUCCCAGCGCUGGCCCGGAGCAGGCUGUGCCCAAGCCGCUGCGACAGCUGGCUCUGGAUAAGGGCUAUCGUCUUGGAGCCACACAUGGGGUUAAACCCCCUUGGUGCUCCCAGCAAUUCCCUGUGGUUUAUUCCUAUAUCCAAGACGUUUACUGGAAUGUGGGCUUUCUAAGGUAUUUUGAGCUCAGGCAGAUACCAAACUUCUUGCUUGCUUUGCCUGUCACAAUCCUGGGCUCCUGGGCUGCCUGGACCUACAGCACCGCCAACCCCCGGCAGUGCCUGACUCUUGGUCUACAGAGAAGAAAGAGCGAAGAGGAGGAUAAACCAAGAGGUGGAUUUUGCUGCCCUGCUGUCUUUGUCUACGUGGUCCAUGCCACUGUCCUCUUGGUGUUUGGAUUCUUCUGCAUGCACGUGCAGGUGCUGACCCGGUUCCUGGGCUCCUCCUCUCCCGUCCUGUACUGGUUCUCCGCUCACCUGCUUCAGGAAUACGAACCUUUGCUCUGGAGCAAAGGCACCAACAGCCAAACCGUGGCACCGCGCUCUGAGAAAUGUCUCCUGGGCAAACCCAGUGGGAAAAGAACUCCUGAGAACCCUGUUGUGAGGCUGCUGCUGAACUUUAGGUUAAUUACACCCCUCAGCAAAUGCAUUAUCGGAUUCUUUCUAGGCUACUGGUUGCUGGGACUGGCCCUGCACUGCAACUGCCUGCCAUGGACGUAGCUGGGAACUGGAUUUCAUUCUGUUUUGGGUCUAUUUGGGGGCAGAUGGGGCAGAAGCACUGCCUGGAAUUAAAGGUCACUUUUGCUGACGCCUGGUGUGUGCG